AUGGAUUUCGUGGCCCGAGCGACGAAAUCAGUGUUGCGAGCAGCAGCUUCGCGCAUGGGAGAAGACCACUCUGCCGCACAGUCGUCCUCCUCCACUCCGCGCGGGUCCACAGCAGCACCCGCCAGAGCCUCUUCGCCGUACUCCCACUCGCCGGGUCUCGUCGCGCCUGCCUUCUCCCAGGAGCACUUGCCAUGGAUCAUGAAGUCAGCGCAUGAGAAGCCAUACGAGGAAGAGCUGAAGAAGCGCAUACUCGCCCUCUCACAGAGGCCAGAGGAGUUCCUAUACGGCGAGUUGGACCCAUCGCUGCUCAUUGACAUGCGCCAAGCCACCCUCAUGGCUGCGUCUGUGCUGCAGGUGGAUGAGGAGCUGAGGCAGCUGCGGCUGCGGUUUGUGCCUCGGGUGAUGAAGGAGCAGGAGUUUUGGCGGCGCUACUUCCCAUGGACAUCCCCUCCAGCCGGGCGGCCUUUGUCGCCGGCCAAUCAAAGACCACCUGUGGGCAGGGGAAGGAGCGAUAAGGAGCGGGCUAUGCGUCGCUCGCUAGCACGGGAGGAGUCAAUGGACGAUGGGGACAUGGAGGAUGCUUUCCUGCCCAUCUCCGUGCCCUCCUCUGUCACCAUUCGCCGCCUCGCCCAGGCUCUCAACAUGGCGCGUGCGUUCGCAACAGUGGAGGACAUGGCAUGUGAGGGCAGCAGUGACGACUCGCCAGAGGCACGCAGCAGCAGCGGCGGGGCACGAGGGGCCCCAGGCAGAGGGUCCAUGGUGGGAGGGGGCGCCGGCAUGGGUGGCGGCGCCGGCAGUGGCAUUAGCGGAGGGGGCAGAGGAGGAGGAGAUGACGAAUACGGUGCUAAUGGUGGUGGUGUUUCUGGUGGUGGAGCAGGGGCGAGUGGCAGUGACCGAUGGUCUUCUCUUGUAUUACAGACUGUGGAAGCAGGCUUUGCUGCGGCGCUCAGUCUUGCUCCUAAAGGGUCCGGCACAGGAGCACACAGCGGGAUGGCUGGGAGUGAAGGCUCAGGGGGAGGGCGAGCAGGAGGAGGAGGAGGAGGAGGUGGUGGGGGUGCAGGAGCUGCUGGUGGUGGUACUGGUGGGAGUCCCAGCCUUGCUCGCACGUUUAGCUUUACUGGAGGAGGAGGGGGUGGUGGUGGUGGGGGAGGUGGCAGGCGCAGGCACAGCCGCACUCGCACGCUGGCGUUUAACCCUGGGGAGUACAGUGCACUGCUCUGGUCGCUCUUUGACCUUGAGGACGAGGCAUGGGAGAAUUCAGAGAGUCUGGAGCCUCUGUCUCUCGGCCAAACCACCAGCGCCAGCAUGAGUAGCAGCAGCAGCCUCACAGGCCACAAGCAGGCAGGCGCCACGGGGCGAUCAGAGCCGUCCAUUGUGCACGAAAUCCACGGCGCGCCACCGAGUGGGUUUGUGGCUCAGCUGGCGGAGACGAUGGCGGGGAUCUCUUCAGACUCUAAGAUGGCUGGAUUCUGGAUGCAGAUCGUCAUGGAGCUGCGGCGGCGGUGGGCAGCGAGGCGGUUCAUCCCGCGGGUGCCGCAGGAAAGCGAUCCGGACCUGCACACGUGCCUGCUGCACCAGCACCUGCACCUCCUCAACUGCUGCACCGCCCGCCGCCUGCGCCGCUCGCACCAACUCUCCCAUGGAAGCCCCUCCAGCGCUGCUCCUGCUGGGAGUGUUUAUGGGAGUGUCGCUGGGAGCGGAUAUGUGGGAGGGAAUGCGUUUGGGAGUGUGGUGGCUGAGGGCUGUGAAGGGAGGGAAGCGGGUGAGGGUUCUGUCGGCAGGGGUGGAAGAGGCGAGGAAGAAGAGAGUGGGUUGAGAGAAGUGGAAGGGGGAGCAGCUGGCUUGUGCAUGGUGGGAGGGGUGAGGAGGAGAGGGGUGCUGCGCCGGGUGCCAGGGCUGGACCUUCUAGACACGGGGGAGCCUCUCUGCGCACCCAUCACCCAGGAGGGACCACUGUUGACAGAAGUCACUCUGAGAGAGCAAGAGGAGCUCAUCAUGAGGACCGGCAGUGUGGGCACGGGCUGUCAGCAGCUUUUCUCAGACAUGCAGGCCUUCAAGGCAGCGAACCCUGGGUGCAUCUUGGAGGAUUUUGUACGAUGGUACUCGCCGCCCGACUGGAGCAUGCUGCCGCCUACACCGCCCGACAGCGAGGCCGGCGGUGUGGGUGGCGGGGAUGGAAGUGACAGGGAGGUUCGAGAAGGGGGAGGGGAGGAGAGAGAUAAGGGAGACGGAGGGAAGGGAGGAACGGGAGCAGCAGCAGGAAGUGGAGUGGUGGAGGGGAGACGGAAGCAUGGGUAUCUGAGCGUGAGGAUGACAACACAAGGCAAUCUGUGGCAGGAGCUAUGGAACGCAGCACGGCCCAUCCCUGCUAUUCUGCAGCCACCACUCUUUGACGAGGAGCUCGCAGGGGAGAGUACACUGGAUGCACUGGAGAACAUCGCCCCUUCGGAUCUCUUUGAACAGCUUUUCAUUGCUGCGCUCUCAGCAGGGUUCGGCCUGGCGCAAACGGCCCUAGCGGGGUCUAGACGAGAGGCGGUAUGUUUCAACGUGCAAGAGUGUGCGUCCUAUGUGGCUGCCACAUGCACGCGAGGCAUGAGCUCUGCUAAGAUCGAUCGUCUCUGCCAGGUAUACGAGCACAUGGAGACAGCUAUCCUUUCGUACAACGAUCCCUCCUCCCCCUCGCCUUCCCCUGGGUCCACCGCCUCAUCGGACGUCACAACACCAGAAGCCCAUCCGCACACGGCGGGAAUGGCUGCCAGUGCAGGUGCAAGCAGUGGCGGCGAUCCUGAUGGGGACAGCUUUACCACGCCUCCCCGCCCCCUGUCUCUGCUCUUCUCCCAGUCCCCUGCAAAGACUGGGUCUGGGGGAGGCAUGUUGAGUGGAUGGUUCCCCUCGAGAAGUGGCCGCUUUGAAAUGGGGCGAGAGGAUGAUGGUGCUGACUGA